GAACGGGGCAGCCGCUUCUGUCCUAGCCGCAGGAAGCGAGACGAGCCGGCGCUGCUCCGGCACCGGCUCCUGCCGAGGCCCCAGCGGCAAGGAGACCGCGGGCAGCCGCUCCCGCAGCGCCCUCAGGCCACGGGCAACACGGGGCGGACACGGCACAAGGAACCCGCCAGAGCCCCCGGACGCCCCCUCGGCCCGCAGCCAGCCCCGAGCCCCGGCACAACCCAGCGCGGCUCCCACGGACUCAUUAAAGAAAUACGGGUAUUGAUCUGGUAUCGAUACCCAACUGUGACGGACAAAAACUCUCUAACAGUUUCAAGUUAGGAAGUGCGUGUUUAUUACGGCCGGGCAGCACGGCGGGAUAUUUCCCUAAUUCGCACGGCGAAAUUCACAGUUCUCCACUCCCUGCAUUACUUGAGAGUGGCAGUGUCAGAGCCUGGCCCAGGGAUCCCCCAGUUCAUGGAAAUGGGGUUCGUGGAUGGGAUCCCCUUCACACGGUACGACAGCGAGCGGGGCCGGACGGAGCCGCUGACACAGUGGAUAAAGGAUGGAGUUGAGCCGGGAUAUUGGGAUAGCGAGACCCGGACUGCUGUGCAGAACCAGCACGUGAAUGUUGUGGACCUGGAGACACUGCGGGGCCGGUACAACCAGAGCAGGGGUCUCCAUACAAAUUUGCGAGUUUACGGCUGUGACCUCCUGUCCGACGGGAGCGUCCGUGGAUCCUACCGGGAUAGCUACGACGGGCGGGAUUUCAUCUCCUUCGACCUGGGAUCCCGGAAAUUCGUGGCGGCCGACGCCGCUGCUGAGAUCACCCGGAGGCGCUGGGUAGAUGAAGGGAACGAGGUUGAGGGUUGGACAAAUUACCUGGGGCACGAGUGCCCGAAAUGGCUCCGGGAAUACGUCGGAUACGGGGAGAAGGAGCUGGAGCGCAAAGAGCCCCCUGAUGUCCAUGUGUCCGGGAAAGAGGAACACGGGACGCUGAUCUUGUCCUGCCACGCCUACGGAUUCUACCCCAACACCAUCGCCGUCAACUGGAUGAAGGGAGACGAAAUCUGGGAUCAGGAGACGGAGUGGGGCGGGAUCGUUCCCAACAGCGAUGGCACCUUCCACACCUGGGCCAGGAUUGAGGCGCUGCCGGAGGAGCGGGACCUGUACCGGUGCAGGGUGGAACAUCCUGGAAUGCUGGAGCCCGGGAUCUUCGCUUGGGAGCCGACAUCUGGCGGGAAUCUCACCGUGGUGGUCGCUGUGUGUGUCGUCGCUGCCAUCCUUGUCAUUGCCCUCAUUGGAUUAAUUGCCUGGAGGCUCCAAUCCGGGAAGAGGGACAGGAGUGGGUACAACAUGGCAGCCGGGAAAGAUGUGGGAACCAAUGGCGCAACCGCAUGAAUCACCGCCUGAGCGAUCCAUGGAGCUGUAUCCAGCCUUUUCCCUCUUCCCAGGAAAUGCCGAGAGUUCCUGCCAGAGCUCAUCCUGCUGCUCCCACUUGCAGCCAUUGCUACUGGAUCCAUUUCCCACUGCUCCCACCCACCUGCAGCCAUUGCUACUGGAUCAAUUUCCUCUUUUUCAAUGUUUUAAAGCUAAGAACAAAAAAGAUUUCCGAUGCUUUAGUUCUAGUAUGAAAUUAUCCUGCUUGGGGCAAUAAAUCCUGCUUGGGGCAAUAAA